UGAAAUGAGCAAUAACGAUAGUUUAUCAACCCAAGGCUUAGAUCAGUCUAUGUCCUCAAUGAAAAUUAAUGAUAAGCCUACUGCUUCUCGUUACGUCCCUCCUCAUUUACGUGGACGAGCUGCUGCUGCUGCUCCAGAAGCAUCUCCAGCAUCUCGCACUGACAAUGGCUGGAACACAAAACCUACCAAUGACAUACCGAGAUCUAACAAUCGUUGGAAGGAAGGUAGCUCUGACUCGGGUGUGUCAAGAGGGCGUGGAUAUGGUUCUAAUAAUCAAUUCGAUGAACGCGGCUCCUACGGUGGAGGAUACCAACGUGGAGGAGGAGGGUAUGGUGGAAGAAAAGAAGAGGGCAGAGGCCAAUGGAAGAAUGGCGCCCAUCAGCUUUCUGCUCGUAGUGCUCAUGUUGAACUCGAUUUGUUUGGUACUCAUGAUGAUACCGAAUCUACUCACACGGGAAUCAACUUUGAUAAGUAUGAAAAUAUUCCUGUCGAAGUAUCUGGAAAUGAUGUACCCCAGCCAUUGGAGAAGUUCACUAGCCCUCCCAUUGACCCUAACCUUUUGGAGAACAUUCUUCUUGCCCGUUAUACCGUCCCUACACCUGUUCAAAAGUACUCUAUCCCAAUUGUAGGUGCUGGCCGUGAUCUUAUGGCUUGUGCUCAAACCGGCUCUGGAAAGACUGCCGGAUUUCUUUUCCCUGUAUUGUCUGCCAUGUUUAAAGAAGGACCUACUACAAAACCAGACACAAACGCCCCACCUGGUGUUUACCGCUCUCGCAAAGCUUACCCUGAGGUCUUGAUUUUGGCCCCUACACGCGAAUUAACCUCACAGAUAUACGACGAGGCUAAAAAGUUCUCUUACCGUUCUUUUGUACACCCUUGCGUUGUCUACGGCGGUGCUGACAUUGGACAGCAAUUACGCCAGAUUGAUCGCGGAUGUGAGUUGCUUGUUGCCACACCUGGCCGACUUGUCGAUCUCCUCGAGCGUGCACGAGUGUCGCUUGCCAACGUGCGCUACCUUGUCUUGGACGAGGCCGACAGAAUGCUGGACAUGGGAUUUGAGCCCCAGAUCCGCCGUAUUGUUGAAGGCGAAGACAUGCCGGGAGUUGAGCACCGCCAAACUCUAAUGUUUUCAGCCACUUUCCCUCGCGAUAUCCAGAUGCUUGCUCGAGACUUCUUGAAGGAUUACGUUUUCCUGUCUGUCGGUCGUGUGGGCGCUACUUCGGAGAACAUCACCCAAAAAAUUGAGUAUGUUGAAGACGAAGACAAACAUUCGGUACUGUUGGAUAUUCUUGAAGGUGAGGCCACCAAGGGUCUGACCCUCGUCUUUGUUGAGACAAAGCGUAUGGCCGAUGCGCUCUCGGAUUACUUACUCCAGAACAAAUUCCCCGCAACUUCGAUCCACGGCGACCGAUCUCAGCGUGAGCGUGAGGCUGCACUAGAUGAUUUCCGAAGUGGACGUACACCUGUUAUGGUAGCCACUGCAGUCGCGGCCCGUGGUCUUGACAUUCCCAAUGUCACGCAUGUCAUUUCAUACGAUCUUCCUACUGACAUUGACGAUUACGUUCAUCGCAUUGGUCGUACUGGUCGUGCAGGAAACACCGGUGUCGCCACCGCGUUCUUCAACCGUGGCAACAAAGGCAUUGCCCGUAAUCUUCUUGAACUGCUUACGGAAGCAAACCAGGAAGUACCUGAGUGGCUCGAAGGAAUUGCCCGUCAGGCAAGCUUCGGCGGACGUGGCGGACGUGGCGGACGUGGAGGACGUAGCGGACAAUCAAGAGAUUACAGACGCGAUGAUUCUCAAGGAUCUCGAGGAGGAAGCGGUAUUGGUGGUGGAAGCUAUGGUGGAGAUUACCAGAAUGGAAAUGAUAGCUAUGGAGGAGGAGGAGGAGGAAAUAGUUACCAGAACAGAGCAAGCAAAACAAGCUGGUUCUAA